CUUUUUUUGUUUCCGUUUGCAAUGCAAUCCCAGUCAAACUUGCCCGUGUGGCGCAUCCUCACUUCGCCCGUCCGCCCGGCGACCGUUGCGCUCGUCCACGGCGCUGCCAUCCGCAUCUUUGAUCUCGAGACAAAGACACAUGUAACGCCGCUCGAUCUGACAGUGACCCUCCCGCGCGACCACCCAGAGCACCAGCUGCUGCAGGAGGUGCUGGCCACGGCGACCAAGUCCAAGAGCCCGACGGCGGCGGCGGCAGUCCUGGCGGAGGCGACCAGCGAGACCUUCCGCAUUGCCACGGCCACGUUCGCGCCGGAUGGCCGCCACAUUGUCGCGGUGACGGACGCCAAGCAGGUCGUGGUCAUUGGCCAGACCGAUGCCAACGCUGGGCCGACCGCGUCGUGGGCGCUGCUCAGCAUCCGCCGCGUGUCCAAGCGCUGCAACGCCGUCGUCGUCGAUCCAGUCACCCUGAACGUGCUUGUUGGCGAUCGCUUUGGAGAUGUUAACAUGCUGCCGCUGCUGGGCAAGUCGUCCGAGCCGGUGGAGUCGAUGCAGCAGAUGGUCGACGCCGUCCGCGCCGAGCGCAAGCUCUUUGUUGAGAAGCACCUGGCUCUUCAACAGCAACAGCAACAGCAACAGUCACAACAGUCACAACAACUGCAGCAACAACAGCAGCAGCAGCAACAACCAAAGCGCGACAAGAGCGAAAAGAAACAGCAGGCUGGCGACGAUGAUGCCGAUGAAGAUCGCGCACAUAACGACGGCACCGUCCUGAUGGGCCAUCUGUCCAUGAUUCUCGAUCUCCAACUCAACCAAAAGAGCAACCGGCUGUUCACCGCAGACAAGGACGAAAAGGUGCGCGUGAGCCACUUCCCUAACGCGUACAACAUUGAGUCGUUCUGCCUCGGACACACGCGCUCUGUUUCGGCGAUUGCACUGCUGCCGUCGCCCUCGAGCGGUGCUGCCGAGCUUCUUGUCAGCGGCUCGCUUGACGGCACAGUCCGGCUGUGGAACCCCGAGCAAGCCCGGUGCCUGCAAAUCCUCCCGCUGGCUGAUCCCGUCAUGUCUUCGUCAAUGGACACGAGCGCUACCAGCACGACCGCCGUGAGCGAACCCACUUUCCGCGUUGCGCACUUUGCUCGCAAUGUCGCUGCAGGCCAUAUUGCCGUCUCGGCCAUGCAUUUGCCAGUCGUGCACAUUAUUGCACUCCAACCGGACGCGACGCUGCAGCACGUUCAAACGAUUCAGACUGUCGCCAACGUUGCGCAUCUCGCUUUCGACACACUCGGGCGCCUUUGGAUUUCGCAAGAGUCGACCGAGCAACCUACAACUGUCUACGUCUCCGAUGGUGGCUCGUACAUUUCGAUCGGCGAGGAAGGUCAAGUUUGGUUGGCGGAGGUCAACAAGAAUGCGCUGUUCACUUCUUCGACCCAUCGUGUGGACGUGCUUGACGAGCUCGGCCGACAAUUCCUUCACGAUACCCGUGGCAUGGAUAGCUACCAAGCCAACAAGCAGCGCCGCGAGCAAGAGCGUCAGGAACGCCAAGAUGCUCACAAGCAACGAGUGGCUGAACUUAGCGCACGCAACCUCGCCGACCCGCGUCCACCAGCCGGCGAUGCCACCAGUCACAGCGACAAGCGCGCUCGGUUGGACGAUGCAUGAGGUUUUUUGAGUGCUGUGCAUUUUCGUGAUUGAAACCGGAACCAAGCAAUCGCUGUUUUUCUUCUUUUUUUUCCGUUAAGAAUUCGCACAGUACAUGUUAUCCAAACACGAAUUUGCUCAG